GCCCCUGAUCGGCUGCUACAUCGCCGACGGCACCCCAGCCACAAGCUCAUAGCAUUGCUGCAGUUCCCGCCCUCACCCCAUUCCCGCUUCUCCCGAAGUUCACUCCCACUGUCCUUGGUAGCUAUGGUGAUGUGUGUGUUUAUAUGGGAUUAUCCAAUUGUGAAACAUUGAUAAAAAUGAAUCUGCCAAUUAAAUGAUUGUUUAGUUUUUUAUGUUUGUGUAUGAUGAAGAUGAUUAGUGAUUAAGGCAGUAGACUAACCUAGUCUGUUAAUGUUAGCUAGCUACUGCUAGUGGAUAUAAUUUUAGCUAAAAGUAAGCUAUAGAGAUUUGAAACAAUUUGCUACCAUGUCUAAGAGACAAAAACUAUCAGGAAGUGAAUAUAAAAAAAAAACGAAUGAGAAAAGAGGCUAUCAGUCUCUAAACCAAAGAAAUUCGCUGGUGAAAUGUAUCAGCGUGCAGCAAUGUUCAUCAGCCAGUGUGGAGAAUGACAAGGCUCCGAGGACAGGCCAUUCAUUCGCAGAGAACAACGAGCCCCCGUUCGCUGAUUCUACCAGCGAAGAGGGCAAACCGGAGGAGUCCGAGCCAUGCACUUCCACUGAUGAUGACAGCUCUCUAGCUGGACAAGAACAGGUGGUUGCACCAGGCCUAGCCACACCUCCCAACAAUGCCGGUGAAGACCCUACUAUCUUGGACCCGGACUCAGAUUCGUCGCUCUUCGUCCCCGAUGACAGUGGUGGUGCUGCUGCUAAAUCCAACUCCCAGACAAAAAACAUAAAAGAUCCCGAUGAGUGGCCAAAAUGUAUGAAUAGAUUUUUACGGGAUAUGUUUGUGCAGGCUGGGCCACAUCAGGAUAAAGAGGGGAAUUUCCCAAGAGAUGAGGGGCAACAAAAGUUUUCGGUGGCCCACUACAAUAGGAGGAUUGCGAACAGGGAGAGAGUGGAGAGACCAUGGCUUGUCUAUUCCAAGCAAAACGAUGGAGCCUUCUGUUUUUGCUGCAAAUCUGCGCUGGUCAGGGAUGGAACCAGGGACUGGAAGAAUCUGUGCCACCUCCUCAGCUCGCAUGAGAAGUCGCAUGACCACCUAGAUAGUUUCCAAAGGUGGAAGGAGCUGGAGAUCAGGCUGGUGUCCAAGCAAACUAUCGAUGCCCAAGCCCAACGGGCUAUUGAUGGAGAGACUCUCCACUGGCAGCAGGUGCUGCAGAGGCUCAUAGCCCUGAUACGUUUAAUGGCCACCCAGAACAUUGCGUUACGUGGGACCACCGAUUGGCUGAACGAGCCAAAUAAUGGGAAGUUUCUGAAGUUUGUGGAAAUGCUGGGUAUCUUUGAUAGAAUCAUGAAGGAGCAUGUAAGGAGAGUACAGUCCAAAGAAACACAUGUGCACUACCUCGGUAAAAGAAUAGUCCAGAACGAAAUCAUUGACAUGCUGGCACAAGAGAUCCAGCAGACAGUGUGCAGUGAUCUAAAAGCAGCCAAAUAUUUUUCUAUAAAUUGGACUGCAUUCCAGACAAGAGCAAAACAGAGCAGAUGACCAUGGUGGUGCAUUUUUUUUUCAACCGAGGAUGAUGGGUCAGUGCGCACGUGAGCGCACUUCCUGGAGUUUAGUGAACUGCUUAACGCAAUGGGGGCAUCACCAUCAUGGACAUGAGAGGGCAGGGAUAUGACAACGGGGCGAAUAUGCAGGGGAGACAUAGCGGAGUUCAAAAGAGAGGAUAUCAACCCGAGGGCCUUUUUUGUGCCAUGCAGCGCGCACUCGCUGAACCUGGUUCUCUCUGAUGCAGCAUCGUGCUGCUUGGAGGCGGCUGAGUUUUUUUUAACAACAUCCAAGAUAUUUAUACAUUUGUACAAGGUUGGAGGCAAACAGCAUUGCCGCCAAGAUGAACAACUUUGGCUUCAUGUGCGCAGUGGUCGUUUGGCAUGACAUCUUGUUCGAAGUGAACAUCACCAGUAAGAGUUUACAGGCGGUGAGUUUUAGCAUUUCACUAGCAGUGGAGUACAUAUCCAGACACCCAAUGGCCUCCUUGUAUCCUAAUGCCUUUGUUGCCCUGAGAGUUCUUCUCACACUCCCGGUGACAGUGGCAAGUGGAGAGCGCACAUUCUCCAAGCUCAAACUCAAAAACUACCUGCGCUCUACUAUGAGUCAAGAGAGACUGAAUGGACUCGCCACCAUAUCAAUUGAGCACGAGUUGUCUUACAAAAUCAACCUCCAACAAGCAGUGCAUGCUUUUGCUGCCAGGAAGGCCAGGCGAGUCAACUUGUCUUUGAAUAAAAGGUAAGCGUUGAUCAUACACUCACAUUAAUUUGUAAGAUUACUCAAUUAUCUAUCACCUGUUUACUUUGUAUUUUUUAUUUAUUUAAUUAGACUACAUCCUAAUCUCGCUCUCUCACUCUCUUUCUCUCUCUCCCCCCUCUCUCUCUGUCUCUCUCAGAUUAUUUGAUUUCAGGAUCAUGGACAGCUACCGAGAGAAAACAACGCUGACUGCAGAGGAAAGAGGCCACUCUAGGUGGAGACUAAAUAAA